AAAUAUUUUACACACGAGUUCGAAGACUACGUUAUAGACCCGUGGCGAGUGUACAGUUCACGUUGUAUUAUUAUUGCGUUGCGUUCGUUUAACAUAACAAACUGCGUGUUAAUUGGAAAAAGUAGAUUUGAAAACGUUUGUUGUAAUCUGCUUGGAUUGUAAAGUGUUUGAGUGCUUUUUUCGUGGAAAACAUGGUGUUGUUUUGGUAUUGCGCAUAAAAGUGUGAAUACGAAGAAGCAGCAGCAGCCAGUCGAGGCAACAAACAGUGCGGUGGUUGUUUUCGUUCCAUGUGACAGGCGAUAUUCGUCGGCGAUGUCUGUAAAAACGGGCGCGGAGGCCGAGCAGGGGGCCGGCGGCGGCGCUGGCCAGAAGGGCCAGAUCGUCCGCAGCGGCUACCUGAAGAAAAUCAAAACGAUGAAGAAAAAGUGGUUCGUGCUGAGGGCAGAGUCGGCGGAUUCGUCCGCGCGGCUCGAGUACUACGACUCGGAGAAAAAGUUCAAUUGCGGCGUGGCGCCCAAACGCACCAUCCCGUUAAAAACGUGCUUCAACAUCAACAAACGCAAAGACAUCAAGCACAAGCACGUCAUCGCCCUCUACACCAAGGACGAUUGCUUCUGCGUGCAGCUGGACAGCGAGGAGGAGCAGGACAGCUGGCUCAAGGCGCUGCUGAGCCUGCAGCACGGCGAAGACGCCUGCGACGGCGAGACUCCGAAACCUGCCUACGAACAUGUUUGGCACAUCCAGAUCAUGAAUCGAGGCGUUGGUACCACACAAAUCAUCGGCCAGUACAGUCUUUGUCUGACCGACAAAACAAUGAAGCUCAUAAAAAAAGACAGCAACGACGUCAUAGAUUUGGCACUGAAAAGCAUCCGCACCUGCGGAUAUCUCAAGGAGUACGUCCUGCUGGAAAUUGGAAGAUCGAGCGAUAUUGGGCCGGGGGAGUUGUGGAUGGACACUGGCGACGAAAAUAUUGCUCAAAAUAUCCAUUCCACAGUAUACCAUGCCAUGACAACAAAUAGCUCAAACGAGCUGGGACCCAAAAGUAGAAAUAGGUCUUGUUCCGCAACAGAGUCCUCAAAACCAAAUUCUACACAUAGAAAACACCCUGGCAUGCCAAAGACUUAUUUACUACAACAAGUGAGUGGUGUCGCGAGCAUUUAUCAUCACCUAAUACAUCGGGGAACAGCUAAAGCUUCGGAACGACGACAUUCGAUAUCAGCUGGCGGGCUGAGCUGGUCGGGGAAUAUUUGCCACCAGCGUACCCAGUCGCUUCCCCUAGCGCACCCAACCACCACCACUACCAUCACCACCACUACCACCACAACGAAUAAUGCACCAUCCUCCUUCACAGAUCAAAACACAAUCGCGUCUCACCCCCUCAGGGUCCAGAAGCGAUCCAAUGCCAAGUGUGCUUCAAGUGGCCGGGAACGUUGCGACAGCAUGCCCACAAGGCCGCGCACCACCAGCGAGGGUAACCACCCCGUGCCCCUCUGGUCCGCGGCAUCCAAGCUCCUGCCGUCGUACCGCACGCACUACAACAGAGAUAUAUCGCACAGCCCGCCCACGGGAAGCCCCCUCAGCCCGCCUUCGGUGGGCUGCAGCACGGAGUCCUCCGGUUCCUCCUACAGCCUGGUCGACGAUCCCGACGUCAUUCAGGAGGUCGACAUGAUCAGUCAUUUCACGCACCCCUUGACGCCCGACGAGGCCAUCGCGGAAGAGGACAGUCCCGACAGCAGCUACGUGCCCAUGGCGCCACCCACCGACGAGGGUUACGUGGCCAUGUCCCCGGGCGGCCGACACGCCCGCAAAUCGCCCACCCAGAGCGUGAGCAGCGUCGCUUCGAGCGACAUCCGUUUCGGCGAGUACAUGCUGGACAAAGUGACCUCGUAUUUCCCGCCGCCCGAGGACGCGGACCCCAGACCUACCAGAGCUUAUUCCGUGGGAUCCAGACCCGGGCCCAAGAAAUACACGGAGCUGGCGGAAAACUCGAGAGUGCGGGCUUUUUCCGUCGGUUCGAAAACUAAAAAAGGCCCGAGCAGAGUUCUGGCCACUCAUCAUCAGUAUCCGGGCGUCAAGUCGUCCAGCGCCCCCAUAUUGAGCUUCAACAGAGUGCACAGUUCGCACAGUUCCAUCGGGCCGAUGGACGACUUAAUGGAAAUGGACUUUUCGCACUCCAGUUCCACCUCGAAGAACAACAGCAACGAUUACAUGGACAUGAAGUCCGGUGGCGUUACUCCUAGCGGUUACGUCGAGAUGAAACUCGGUCAGAGCGUCGAAACUGCCCCCACCCAAACCACAACCACACAAAAUACACGCAAUAACGACGCCAGUUUUGUGGAUUUGUCGAGAUUGAGCGAUUACGUGGAUAUGCAGGCUAAGAAAGAUGCGGCGAACGUAAAGAACUCCUACACCGAACCCUUCAACCCCAACAAUUACGGCGUUAGAAGAGUGGAUCGACAGGGUUCCUUCGGCUCGCAAAUAUCAACGUCGCCAUGCAACAAAUAUCAAUCUAUAUCGCCCAAAUACUACGAGGGAUGGUCCAAUUCCCCCACGACGCCGGAGGGUUACGUCGAGAUGACCCCUGGUAAGACUAACAACAAACACCAAAGGCAGUCUAGUUUGGAUAGCUCCCAAAUCAAACCCCAAGACACCAGCGACUACACCAACAUGUCUUUGGGACAUAACAACAACAACAACAACAACACAAACAUGAAGAGAACAAACGGCAAAACUCAACCCAUAACCAUACAAGGCAGCAACAAGUGCGUACUGAGUCCCGGCUCGGCGGGCCGAAAGUACUCCUCCGGAACGCCUCCGAGUCUCCACCUGCCGCUCGGCAGCCAGCACUCCUCGCUGCCUCGCCCCCGGUCGCGCAAGAACAGCCGCAGGGACUCGAAGGACAGCAGCGGCUCGAACGUGACGACGCCGUCCAGCUCGAGCACGAUUUUCUCGCUGAGCUUGAACAGCCCGUGCUCGCCGGUUACGACUACCGCCGCGAGCGUCACCAGUCACGCGAUCAAGGUGCCCACCAGCGUGCUGAACACCAAGUACAGGGGCAGCGGGAAGAGCUACGACGACUACGCCGUGAUGGAUUACGACAAGAGCGCCGGCGGUAACGUCAAAAAGAAGGAUGAUUCGGAGUACGUCAACUAUAACCCGGCGCCGCAGAAAACGGUGGAGAAAAUCGAUAACCAUUUGGGAGAUUAUGCUAUUAUGAAGCCCGGGAUUUUGAAAAUGCAAACCAACAACAUCCAAUACAGGUUGUCCGGUUUUCACCCGAUCAACGACGACCUGAGCAGCCGAACGUCGCCGAAGCCGGGCGACACGGUGCCCGAGCUGAACAACAGCACGGAGAGCCUGAAGGAGACGGCUCGGUCGCGGAUAAUCGAGGAGAAAACGUCGCGACCGAACUCCACCUCGAGCGAGGUGUGCUCGUCGACGUCGACGCUUACGGGCGCGGGAUCGCGACCCGAAUCGCUCGACAGCGAUCAUCUGCCGAACAACGGCGAAAUCGCGCGACCGCCCUCUUCGGCCGACGCCAACGCCGAUCAGCCGCAGCAACUGCAUUACGCCAGCUUGGACCUAGAUGAGGUUGGCAGGAGCCCCAAGUCCGAGCAACCGGACGGCAUCGCGGCUGGCCCGAGCCAGAACGGGCCGGCCGCGUUCUCGUACGCGCAGAUCGACUUCGUGAAGAGCGAGGGUCUGAAGCACUCCGCGCUGCCCAACAACGCGAAAGUCAAACACUGAGCCGCCUGAGACGUCAACGACGCGCGCACGGCGAGCACCGAACACGGUACGAGUUACCUCGAAAUCUUUUCCAAAGCGGCGGCGGCGGCGGGUUCGUGACCGAUUUCGCGAGGGGCGGCGAUCGGCGACCAUUGUCAAAAAUUCAUCGAUUUUUGGUACUUGAACUCAUUCGGUUUGCUUCAACGGACCUAUCAACGAUUCGGUUCGUGAUAUUAACUAAAUUAAAUAUACUAUAUUCCACUAUUAAUGCGUUAUUAAAUUUAAAACAAAAAUAUUAUAAACUUGGGUCAGAAUUCGUCAAAUCAGCACGACAAAAAUGGUUCUAUUUCUACAUAAAAAUUAAUUAAUCAAAACAUUUUUAUUUUUUAGCAAAGUUAUUGUCAAAUGAAAUUUUUGGUAACUUUUCAAACAAAAUCCAGUUAAAUCAAUUUUGAUGAAACUUUGGCAUAUCUCAGGUAAAGAAAUUAACUAUGAAACAUUUUCAAAAAAUUGAUUUUUUUUUGUGUUCUGGACCUUUUAUAAAUUUGAAAAAAAUUCAUUUUAAGCAACAGGAAUUAUGAUUAAAAUAUUGCUGUGCAGUGUGGUAUACCAGUGUGGUAUAACUGUGCGCAUUUUUGGGACAUUUUCUACCAGGGAUGAUUAAACAAAUAAAAAACUUUUUAUUUUAAUUUUUGCUUCAAAAAUAGGUUUUAAAACAUUUAUUAUGUUCUACAAGUGAAUCGCAACUAUAAUUUUUUUUCAAAAUUACAGAAAUAACAUUCUUUAGCUUUAAACCAAUUGAUUGGUACUUUUUAGUAAAUUUAAGUGUCUUAAGUAAAAUAUCUAUCAAGAUCAUUAUUUAAUGAUGCAUAUGCAUUGGUGUUGUGGACACAAUAAUUCAGUAACAAUGAAAUGGUUAAAAACUGUUUUUUGUGAUUUAAAAAAAUAAGAAUGUUAGCGAGGCGCUGUUUACUUGUUAAAAAAAAUAAUUAACCAUUGAGAACUUGGGAAGCAAAAAUAUUAAAAAAAUUAUUUUUUAUAUUUAAUUAUCCCUGAAUUAAGUAAAAAAGGUUAUAAUAAAUACGCUUUUGAUUAAAAUUUUGAUAAAUCGCUAUGAAAAAAUGACAUUUUUGUAAAUUUCAUAACAAUUCUACAAAGUCAAUUUUCUAUAUGCAAAUAACUACGAAUUUGAUUGAAAAGAUAAAUAAAAUUUUAAUGAAAAUUCGGCAUAUCUAAGGUAAAGAAAAUUGUUAUAAAAUUUUAAUAAAAUUAAUCUUUUAAAUCAUCAUCAAAUCAUCAUCAUGUUCUACAAGUGAAUCGCAAAUGUAUAAUUUUUUCCAAAAUUACAGAAACAUUAAACCAUUUGAUUUUUAAUUUUUUAAGUAAAUUAAAGUGUCUUGAGUAAAAUAUCUAUCAAGAUCAUUAUUUAAUUAUACAUACAUUGGUGUUGUAGGCACAAUAAUUUAAUAACAAGGAAAUGGUUAAAAACUAAAAAUGUUUUUUGUAAUUUCAAAAAAAAAAUUAGUAUGUGAGUCACUGUUUACUUGGUAAAAAAAAUAAUAAACCAUUGAGAACUUGAGAAGCAAAAAUAUUAAUUAGAUAUUUUUUUAAGUAAAAAAUGUUAUAAUAAAUGCGCUUUUGGAAGACGAAAAAAAAAAUAUUAAAAGUGAAAAAUUGUUACGAAAAUAUUACAUUUUUUGUAAAUUUCAAAACAAUUUUCCAAAGUCAAUUUUAUUAUUUUCGGUAUGCGAAUAACUACGAAUUUGUUUAAAAAGAUAAAUCAAUUUUAAUAAAAAUUUGGCAUAUCUAAAGAAAUUGACUAUGGAAAAUUUUAAUAAAAUUAUUUUUUUCAUAAUAUUUUAUCAAUUUUUUUUUUAUAAAUAAUUAUUUUUUUUCGUGUUUUGAAUGUGAAAAAAGUUUCAGUUCAUUGAGCAACAUUUACCUAAGGAAUUAUGAUUAAAAUAUUGCUGUGCAGCAAGGUAUACCACUGUGGUACAACAGUGCGCAUUUUUAGGACCUUUUCUACUUAAUCCAGGGAUUAUUAAACAAAAAAAACUUUUUACUAAAAAAUUUGUUGUAUACAUUUUUGCUUCAAAAACAAGUGAACAAGUGAAUUGCCAAAAUUACAGAAAAAAACAUUCUUAAGCUGGUUUUCACAAUAAUUCAAUAACAAUGAAAUGGUUAAAAACAAAUAAUGUUUUUUUUGUGAUUUCAAAAAAUAUAUGUAUAUUAACAAGUCGCUGUUUACUUGUUAAACAAAAAAAUAAUAAACCAUUGAGAACUUGAAAAGCAAAAAUUUUAAUAAGAUAUUUUUUAAGUAAAAGUCAUAAUAAAUGCUGGAAGACUAAAAAAAAUUAAUUGUAUAUAAAAAGUUUAUUAAAUUACAAAAAAAAAUACAUUUUUGUAAAUUUCAAAACAAUUUUCCAAAGUCAACUUUAUUAUUUUCGAUAUGCGAAUAACUAUGAAUAACUAGAUUUAGUUUGAAAAGUUACUGAAAAUUUCAUUUGACAUCAACUUUGCUAAAAAAUAAUUAAAAACAUAUUUUGGUUGAUUAAUUUUUGUGCAUAAAUAGAACCGCUUUCUCAAUAUUUCGUCAAAAACAAUGAUAAUCAUUUUUAUCGUGCCGAUUUCACGAAUUCUGAACCAGUAAUUAUUCGUAAAUUAAUUAUUUGUUUCCAAUUAAAAAGAAAUAAGUCCAAUCUGUCAAGCCUCAUUUAUUAAAUUUCGUACAACCAUUUAAUAAAUCAGCGUUAAUGGAUUCGAUUUUUUCGUUGGAUUUUACUUACUCACAUUGUUAAUUAAUUAAUUUUUUUCUGUGCGCCCUUGCCCCACCUCCCGCUCGUCGGGAUUUUGUAUAGACUGAAUAUUAGGUAAUUUUUUUCUGUUGUAAAUUCUAAAACAUAUCCUAGUAAUGUUUUUAGCCAAGCUAGUAAAAUCUAAUUCUCUCGAUUUUUCUUGUUUUGUUUUGCAAAUUAUAGGAGCUUUCGGUUUAGAGUUUUGUUUUUGACAAACGAAAAAUCCGACAGGUGUUUGAUUUUUUGGUUGCGUUUUUUUUAUCACAUAUCAUUGAAAAAAGAGGUCAAAAGGCAAAAACCGUUUUAACCGGCUUAAACGGGGGAUUUUUGCAUUUUGAUCAAACCUAAAAAUUUACUAUUUUUAAGAUAAAAUUGUAUCAUACCAUAUUUUAUAUAUUCAAUGUAAUUAAUAAAUUAUGUCGAAGUAUACAGUAAUUUUUAAGUCUCUACGACACUUAAAAUCGUUUUAAAGUAACUAUUUAAUAGUUUAUUAAUUGAAUUAUAUUAUUCUAGUACACUGCCAAGCAUAAAUUCAUAAGUUUGGCGCUGUAUCGUUAUAGAGUAGGUUUUAUGAUUUUUUUUAUUAAAUCUACCCAAGUUUGCGAUCGUUUUUGUCCCUUAAAUAUUAUCCGGACUAAUAAUAACAAUACACAGAUUAUUUUUGUGGUGCUAAAAUCGCAACGUCAUUAAUUUUGAGGGACAAAAGUAAUUCGUUCGCUGUUCUCUGUGUAAAAAUGUUUCAAUUGAGGCUCAAUACGUGAAUUCCUAAGGUCAGUUUACGACCGAUUUAAUUUAAGUUAUUGUUUAUUUAUUAUUCUAUGUACAGAACUUUUUUAAAUAUACCUAAAAUGAUUUUGUAAAACGUUGUUCCAAUGAAAAAUACAAACUGCCAUACUUAGUUGAAUUUUUAUGAAUAUUAAAUAUAGGUGCUACCAAGAUCAUUUAGUAUACUUUUUUCUGACAGUGCCUUUGAAAUUACAAGUUUUAGGUUGAAAAUAUUAGCAUUUUAUUAUUGUUUAUACUGCGUCCGUCUCUAAGACGACAAAAUCCGGUUUUUUAAAAACCUAGUAAACUUAUUAACUUUUUUAUUUUAGUUACAUCAUGAUAAAAAAGUUUUAAAGGAACUCAAAGAGCCUUAAGAAAUGUAUCAUUGAUUAAAUAAAUUUUGUGAACCAUUUACAAGUAAAUGGCUAUUUAAAUGAAAUGCUAGUAUAUAAUCUAUUUAGCUUAAUGCAAUAUAUUAGUGCAUGUAAUUUAAAUAAAUAAUAUGUAAAAUCGCUAAGUAUUUGUAAGACAAGUGAAAAUGGACCUCUGUUGUAUGUACUAUAUGAUUUUUACUACAUCAAUCGCAAAAGAGGAAUUUGAUUAUUUUAAAUAAAUAAAUAAAUGCCAGCUUUACUACUAAAAAUGUAUUUUAACAUGUUUAAAUCCUAUAGUUUGCGAAAUUAUUUUAUUUUUUAAUGUAAUGAGUUAUUUAAAAACUGUAAGGAGUUAUAGAAUAAAAUUAAACAUCAUGCUGUAUAUUUUUUUGCAAAUGAAAAUAAUUUCUAUAA